GCCAAUCACAGAUAUCGUGACCAAUCUGAGUCAUCAACCCUAACCUGUCUUCCAGCGCUCUCAUGACCAGUCCGUUCGACAUCAGUCCAGGUGCACAUAUCGCUCAGGGAUCUCGCCGCUGGGAGAUUCGGAACAGCCUGACGUGUCUGUCUAUUUUGCAUCCGCUCAACACCACCUCAAGUCUAGCACCGGGCGCCGGGGUCUCCUUGAAGUCUCCAUCGGACGCUGCUGCUGCAAAUGGCCGCAUGAACACGCGCGUUCAACUUGAACUCUUCCAUUCUACAUCCCGGUGACACCAUAUCCUCGUCUGCGUGAUGGCCUGCCCGUCCGCUAUCACCGCAAUCACUGGGUACUCGGAUGCUUCAGAAUCGCCACGACACACGUGAGGACAUCGUCUUCCUGAAUAUAUGCAGGUGUGCUUCCCGAGCACGCCCUCGAUCACGCAUCUCUCUCGAAGAUCUAGUGCAAAGAUUCUUGCAGCAUGUCAUGGCCGGCGUGAAUUUUUCUACGAGACGUAUGAUCGUACAUCUAGACCUCGAGUACAACGACUUCCCCCGCGACGAGCAUUCUCGAAACCGGCCCCUUUGCUUUUCGUGCGGAGGCAAUGGACAGGAGGCUUCGGACAACGAGCUGUAGGGCCCGCAAUGGCGUGGCGCCUAAAGUCACAGAACGGACCAGUCCUCUAGUACAAUCUCAAAUGCGCUGCUAUGCAACUCGUUUUCUCUCCAAGACGAGGCUCAUCUCAGAAGGCUGACGCGCAGAGGCACGAUCCGAUCACCCCCUCUCAACCCGCUCAGAGAGCCCAAUCGAAUCCACCCUCAUGUUUCGACUGCUCCAGCAACCAUCCCGGAGAUCAUGAGACAUACGCGUCUCACAAUCGAGUUGCCCCACUCCUAUCCCGGGCGACUUGGCUCAUGCCGGGCUUUGAGCUCUCUGGUCUCUUUCACUGCUGCGCCACUGGAUUGAGAUCUCGAGCUCGUAGACAGAGUUGACCGAUUCGAUCAGUUGGCAUAGGAGGAGUCUACAAGAGGAGGCUCUGGCAGGUCGAUGGGUUUCCGCGGGGAUCAAGUCAAACUCGCUCAGAUGUUAACACAUGACGGAUGGAGAGUGGGCUGCGACCGUGCGCCGUGUCUGUUUCGCUGGUCUGGCCAUUUUUGAUGUUGUGCGGCGGGCCACCGCGUCGGUACCAGAGCGAGCAGCAGAGCUGGUGAGUGCGAGCGAACACCAUUUGUCUCCAUACCUACAUUCUUCACGGCCGCGAUCUCGAUGAACAUCCUCUACUGGUCGAGUCUGGAGAACGAGCCCCUUCGCGUCGGUGGACAUGGUGCACAAGUACAGGCGUGAUCUCAGUGACAGUUGUUGUUUCGCGACGAGAGCACGAGUUACGUAGACAUUUGUGAUUGGAUAUACACAUAUCAAUCUGUACGGUCCUGCAAUGCGCAUCUUAUGAUCCCGAGUGCUAUCAGAAGUGGGACCUCGCCCUGACUCACCCCGGGACUAGUAGACACGAUGCGACACCCGGUGAAGGGUCCCAGGGUCCCUCGCUCAAUUUUGCACUCAGCCCGUGUUGACGGAGGAUCAAAUGACCGGAAGAUCGUUUUUUCUCCCUUUACGUUUGUGAAAAUGAUCGCUGAGCUCAUAUACAGCCUUUCCGAUCGCAACACGAGAAACUGUCUGCAAUCCUGCGGUUAUGCAAAUUCUCUGCCAACGAUUGGGUAUACCAGCCUUCGAGCUCGACUCGUGUCUGUCUUUGAUCUGGGCUGACUGCACGCAAGACACCCUCCCCUGGAGAGCAACUCGCCAGGACCUCGUCACGAUCGAGCGGUUAGCCUUCCGGAACAGCGCUCAUGUCUGAUCGGACCAGUCUCAGAUGAAAGAACCCGGUGCUGCAACGCCGAGUGACAGAUCGAUGCCACAAUGUGCCACGUCGCAUACGCAACUUCUCCCUCUCGCAGUGCGCAGGAAACCCCCCGUGUGCGGUAUGCGACUGCUGAAAGUUCGCAAAGGAGAGCAUGGGAUCUGCUAGCGGCCGGUGCGGGGUCACUCAGGCAGCCGCCAGGGCGGCUCUUUCACCUCCGACGUUGGCGCGGGCCGCACGGGAUGCUGUUCCCGGAGUGUUGGUUUGACCGGCGUGCAAGAUUGGCGCCACGAUCCUGCGGGUCUCACUCAAUUUAGGCACCGGCUGCCAACGCACAUGCAGCGAGGUUCUGACGAUAGGUAGCGGCAUUCCCACACGCACAACUCCCUCACUCUCCUUGCCCAUGGCAAACUCUCAGCCACCGUUACACUUGACCGGAACUCCUGUUCCUCCAUCGGGCGAUGCUUGGAAGACGUUGCUCGCCGAAGCCGUUGAGGAGUACGAGAGGAUCACUAGGAAGAAGCUGGAUGAGCUGCCGUUUGCUCAAGACGUGAAUCGAUGCAACACGGUGGACGAUUUCUGCGUUAUUCUGGCCCAGCACAAGCAGUCUUUCGGAGACUUCCGCUCUCAGGACAACGGCAUCAGACGCGUUCUCAAGCCCCUCACGGCUGUCCUGCAGUUCGUCAUCAACCCCGUGGCUGAAGGGACGUCUGCUGUGGCGAGUAUCGAUUCUGCGCGUCACAAGCCAUCGAGCUCAUUCAACUUCCAGGUUCCGGGAGGGAAAGGGAUCUUUGUUGCUUUUGCGGCCUUGCUCGAGGCUACCAACAGAGUCAGCACCAAAUACGACUCGCUGGAACUCAUCCUCGAUCGGUUCCAGCCCUGUUUAACUCGCCUAGACAUCUAUCUCAUCAAGCUCCCUGCGGCUCACCGUCAGCUGCUCCACAACACGUUGCUGAAGAUUCUGGUCCUCAUAAUCAAGACAUUUGGGCUCUUGACGUUGUAUAUCCAGAAAAUGCCCAAGCCCAGUAAAUUCCGGCUCCAGCCAGCAAAGAUGCGCAUAAAGGAUUGGGUGCUCCAGAUGCUUGGAUCUGAUGAUGUGCAAGGUGCUCUCAAUGAGCUUGACCAGCUCACCAAGGAGGAGAGCCUUGCCACAUCACUGGAGAACCUCCUGGUGUCAUUGGGAAUACAAAGGUUGAUUGUUGAGGAUCGUAUCCAAAUAUGGCUUGAUCCCUACAACACGGGCAAGCGUUUUGAUGAUCUUUCUAAAGUCAAGCAUGAUGGAACAUGUGAAUGGUUCUUUGAUGAGCGAUUUGAGAAGUGGAUUGGGUUGGAAAACUCAAUGUAUUGGGUCCAUGGCAAGCCAGCUGGUGCUGGGAAGAGUGUAUCAAUGUCUGCAGUGGUUGAGCACCUGGAGACUGAGAAGGAGCUCAUUGCAUUUGCAUUCAUCUCUUAUCGUGAGGAGAAAUCCCAGCACUUACAAAGUGUCCUGUCUGCAUUGGUAUACCAGCUUGCAACCAAGGCAAGGUGUUUCCAUGACCAACUCAGGGUGUCCUAUGACCAGCGUGGAUCAACUCUUUCUGCAUCACCACCUACACUGUUCCAGUGCCUUCUGGACAUGAUCAAAUGUGCACCAAAGCAUGUGAUCAUUCUCAUUGAUGGCCUGGAUGAGUAUCCAAACCCUGGCCGCACUCAAGAUCUUUUGCCUUUCUUACGAAAGCUACAUGGUGCCAACCUCAGCAACCUACGCCUCUUGUUAGCAAGCCGGCCAGAGCAGGACAUCCACCAUGUUCUUCAAACAGAAGCAACUCAUUGGAUGAACCUAGAAGAGAAGGCAGGCAGUCGUAAAGAGGACAUCUCAAGCUUUGUCAGAGCUCAGAUCCAGGAGCAUCGUCCAGAUUGGUCACCUGCUGUUCAGAGAAAGGUAGAGGAGAUAUUGACAGGGAGGGCAAAUGGGAUGUUUCUGUUGGUCUCAUUGCAGAUGUCCCAUCUCCUGAUGUGCGAAACAAGUGACAUUGAAAAAGAGUUAGCAGAGUUGCCUCGGGACGUCACAGGAACAUAUGAUCGGAUCAUGGAGGGACUCCGGGCCAAUGGGUCUUUCCAUCGCUCUCAGAAUCUGCUUGAUGCUAUUGCCAUGGCUUCAUAUGCACUAAAGGAGUCAACUGCAGCAGCUAUUGUGAUGGUUGGUGUGGACUGGGUCAAUGGGACUGGAGCACCACAGCCACCUGAUCCAUUUGAUGCCCGGGAUGUGAUCCGCCGCCGUGCCUCAUCAUUCCUUGAAAUCAAUGGAGCUUCAGAGGUUCGAUUUGUCCAUUUCACAGCCCAGGAGUAUGUGAAGCGGCUCAAUGGUUUUGAUGCGGACAAGGCUGAAGCCACUCUUUUCAUGGCAUUGACCACUGCAGCCUUGCUGGGACUGGUUGACCGGGUGGACAGAUUGCAAUGGCACUUCUCUGCUCAUAGAGUGCAUGAGGUGGAUAUGUGGCCUCUGCUAUCCCGGCUUUUGGAUCCACCUAAUGCACUGCUACCGCAAAUACUGGACAAACUUGGGGAGACCUCAGUAGGAUCCAUGGAGGCAAUUGAUUAUGAAGCAGAGACGGGGCAAUCAGCAGCUGAGUUGGCUGUGGUGUUUGACAGCUGCUUGCACUGGGCAAUGUAUUACAAUUUUACUGUCAAGGCCAAGGCACUGCUGGUGGAUCUGGGCCACCAGAGCAGCCAUUCUCGGCCCAUGCAGGUUCUCAUCCAUGCUGUCACAACAGCCCUCAAGCAAAAGAAUCCUGGGGGAUACUACUUACAGCAGAACUCAUGGGCUAGACCUGAACCCAGAGUUUCAGAUUUCAUAGAUCUUCAGCACCUUGCAGACCAGCUUACUUCUUAAUAUUCUUCUGUUGUAUGUACAUACAAGAGAACACAUGCAUCCCAU